AAAGCAGGGAGCUGGGUUAGCAGAGGGUGUGUCUUUUUGCACAGAAACUCGAUCCUGCCAGGGACCAGAAAGUUUUUCACUAGCUAAAGAUCUGCAGCAUUCUUCAGAGAGGAACUGUGCAAACCAUUGCUCAAGUUGAAAUGAUCAUUUUAUGGAGUCACUUCUCAGGGUGGAUUCAACCGAUUCUCAGGAUUCAGAGCUGGGAUCCAACCGAACAUUCUUAGAGACACGCCCCCCACCCCCACCCCAUCUUUGAAUGUUUCAUGUGACGUGUCUUUAUGUCUCUGGGUGUAGCUGUGGCCACCAAACUCACUUAAUGAUAUGAGAACGACUCCAACACAGGACUCCUCCAGAGGCACAAGGCAAGCCUGCUGUUGCACCUAACCCCCAAUUAAUCAAGUAACUUCAAGAACAUUUUACUUGAAAUUCUCUUGACAAAAUGGCAGCCAAGCUACAGAAAAUUGUGGCAGACAAAAAAGAAGUGGUUGAAACUGUUAUGGAAAUAUUUGACCAGGGAGCUGAAAUCGUUGCUAGCGUAGUGGGAGAGUUAUUCCCAAUCUUCCAGAUCGCUGCUCCGAUUGUGAAACUCGCCCUAGACAAUGUUGAAAGCACCGAAGCAGAGUACAUGAAGGAGCAGUUCCAGAAAGUUAGGGACAAGUUAGACGUAGUUUCCGAAGAGAUCACCAGCAUCAACAACGAGAUUAAGAAAAGCGGGAUGGACCAGCAAUACUUCGGAGUUGAAGAAAACCUGACAAACCAGUUUCGGAAGUUUAUGGACAUCCUAAACGCUAAACCGAAGUUCAAGGAGGUCAAGAAAAAGCUGUUCCUGGACUUCUUCAACAGGACGGGUAAGGAGCAAAAUCUUGAAAUUCUCUACGAUGCCGUGAUGGGCACAGGACUGUUUACAGAACCCAUUCUUGAAAUAGCCCUGAAUUACGAGGAGAAGAACCGUCGUGUCAUGGAAGAUUUCUGCGCUCGCCUUAAACAGCUCUUCUGUAUCGGCUUGAUAGCUCUGAUUGGAUACGCAGGUCUUCAGAACGAAGACGAAGAAGAGCUGGUGAAAGAGUGGCAUGAGAAGAUGAGAGAAGUUGAGACCAGAAUGAAAAUUGUUGUAGAUGACUGCAUCGGCAGUUUCGAAGGACAGGCCAAAAUUGACAUCCGCAAACUGCUGAGAGAAAAGAACGACAAAACUAACCAGGAAUUAUCAGACUACUUGCUCGAUUUCUUAAAGAAAAAAUAUGACUGGAUCAUGUGGUCCGUGCGGGUCUACAACCAUUCCACAGGUAUAUUCAGCAAAAUCACUGGGAAAAAAUAUCACUGCCUGACUGGCAAAAGCCGCUUUGAAUUUUUGGAAAUUGAUGGCGUCACAAACGUCGUCGUGUCCUACAGCGCCUGCCCGGAGCCAAUCAACAAGGAGAUGAUACACCAGCUAAUGGAAGGGCAAGAGAAGAAAAAUGAUGUUGCAAUAGCCGAACAGAUAUUCUACAAGGUGCCAGCUUGCGUUGUUCAUGCAGUCAGUGUCAGCAAUCAGCUCUGCGGAUCCUGGAGUUUCCCAGAUGAGUUGCACUUCUGGGAACAAUAUAAAAACCUGACGCUGUGUGUCCACUCAGCCUAAGAAAAAAAUAACAGCCAUACAAUUGCUUGCUUUAGAAUAAAUAGGGCGCACCUUUGUACUAUUCAUGCUAGUUGACUUCUCAUUAGCAGCAGGGAUAAACUUAACUAGCCCCAUCACGAUGCAAUUGCCAGCAGGGGAUCUUGCACGAGUGAAGAAGACUAAACUAAUAAUACAUAUAUCAAGGUUGAGUUGCAUGGUCAUUUUUCAGUUUCUCAUUCAGUUUUCCAAUGGCUUGGUUUUUUAAUAUGUUUCACCAUACCUCUGAGCUUUACUGUGUUUAAGCAUUUUGUAGUGGUUUUUACUAUGAACCUAGCAAACUUUUUUUUUACAUAUAAAUAAUGAAAACCAGAAACUAAACUAUAAUUGGAAACCAAAUACCUAGAAUGACAUUGGAGAGAAAAUUAUUUUAUUCUGGACCCCCUGUUUGUUGUACCUUUUAAAGACGGGUUGAAUCUCAAAGCCAUUUAUUUCGAAAUGUCAUUAGCGCAAUUUUUUUAUAUCGUAAAAGUAUAUCCAACAACGUUACUAAAUCAGAAAUUUCAUAACUCAGACAUCCCAUUUAGAUUUUUGUGAGUAGUCUGAAGAUGUUUCUUUGUUGUGAUUUGGAAUUGUUUUUUCUUUUUGUCUCUCAGACAAAAAUAAUUCUGGCGAUUUGGAAUAAAUAGCUUUGAGAAUCUAAUCCAUUGUUGUAUCUAACUCACUUGAUCUCAGAGUGUCAAUACAGCAACACCAAAGCAAUGAGUAGCACAUACUGUAAAUACCCAUCUUAGCGGUACGUUCAAAUGAUAACUCUCUUGUCCAACUGCAGCAGCUAAGCUUGACAGACUACCUUCUCCAGUCCACUAAACCGUGCACAGCGCACAAGACAUAGCUGCGUUUCAAGGGUUUCAUUCGAAAAGUCAACCUUGAGCUCCCUGAAUCUGGCAAUUAUGGCAUUUCCCGUUCCAGUGUCCAGGUUUGGUACAUAAGCUGCUAAUAAAAACAAAAAACAAGAAUUGUACUUGACAAAACAUGUUUGCAAUCUAAGGAUAGUGUUAUUCAGAUAAGGCACAUGUAGUUUAGAACCCCCUUAUAUUUGUGUUCGAGCAGAGGCUCAAAUAAGUAAUGUCACUGGCAAUGAACAAAAAAUAAUGCACUGUUUAAUUCUAUUCCUUUCUUUUUGUAUACUAAAUGCACUAUCUAACAUUUAAUAAAACACUUUUUUAUUAUUAACUGUCAUGAUGUAAAUGAGAUUAACUCAUGUAACCAAUUAUUACAAUGCAAAAUAAAAAUGAACUGCUAAUAUAAAUAUCAUUUAGAUGAUAAAUGUUGUAAGAAUAAAAUGACAAUAAAAAUGUAAACAACA